GGCGGCGGCGGCGGCUGAGGAGCAGCCGGAGCCUGCUGGUCUGAGGAGGAGUCAGCCCCGUAGCCCUUCGCUCCUUGUGCGCAAGGCAAGGGGGGGCCUCCCCGCCUCGAACGAUCCAUGACCAUGGGCGACAAGAAGAGCCCGACCAGGCCAAAAAGGCAAGCCAAACCUGCAGCCGAUGAAGGUUUUUGGGACUGUAGUGUCUGCACCUUUAGGAACAGUGCUGAAGCCUUUAAAUGCAGCAUAUGUGAUGUCAGGAAAGGCACCUCUACAAGGAAACCUAGGAUAAAUUCUCAGCUUGUUGCACAACAAGUUGCUCAGCAAUAUGCUACCCCACCACCUCCUAAAAAGGAGAAGAAAGAGAAGGUGGAAAAGCAGGAAGAGAAAAAACCAGACAAAGAAAAAGAAAUUAGUCAAAGUGUUAUAAAGAAGAGUACCAACAAGAAGACUAAACCAAAGUCAGAUGUUGUGAAAGAUCCUCCAAGUGAAGCAAACAGCAUACAAUCUGGGAAUACGACAACAAAGACCAGUGAUUCAAAUCACACUUCAAGGCCCAGACUGAAAAAUGUGGACAGAAGUACCGCCCAGCAGCUGGCAGUCACAGUGGGGAAUGUCACAGUAAUUAUCACAGACUUUAAAGAAAAGACUCGCUCUUCCUCUACAUCUUCAUCCACAGUGACCUCCAGUGCAGGAUCAGAACAGCAAAAUCAGAGCAGCUCGGGGUCCGAGAGCACAGACAAGGGCUCGUCCCGCUCCUCUACGCCAAAGGGCGAUAUGUCCGCAGUCAACGAUGAAUCUUUCUGAGAAUUGCACAUGGAAUUGUGGGAAACUGAUGAAAUCAGGGUAUGAAAUUCAAAUAUUCCACCUGUCCACUAGGCUGUAGUCCUGUUAAAGCUGCCAGUACCACUUCCUUCUUCGCUUCUUCCUCCUGUGCUUCAACAUGCUUUUUGGACAUCGUUCCCGAUGACACCAGAACUGUUUGGGCUGGCUGUGGGCAUCUGGCCACGAAGGAAUUUCGCACCCUGACAAUUACCUUUUGACACUUACGUAUUCCAUUGUUUUAUAUGAUUUUCCUAACAAUCAUUUAUAAUUGGAUGUGCUCCUGACUCUACUUUUUUAUAAAUCUGCUGUGCACAGUUUUUUCCCCCAUGAACAUUACAACCUUUAUUGGGGAGAGAGGGAAUGUGAUGCAGGUGGGAGGGGAGGGCUAUGGGAGGGUUUUUAUUUAUUGUAUUCACAAAUGUCAUCCCCUCGUUGUUUUUUCAGCAUAUUCUUUUGAGUUCAGUUCUUCUUCUUCCAGUUAUACUGUGUACUAUCAGUUUUGAUAUAAAUUAUAUAUAAAUAUAUAAAUAUAUAUAUAUAUAAAUAAAAUAUAUAUAUAGGGUUAUUUGAAACCAAUACAUGGAAACGCUGGUGCUUGAAACACUGUGAAGUGAAACAAUUUUAAGAUCUGGGACAGAGAGUGCUGUUUGUAAAAUUCUAAAACUAAACAGGAACCAGUCUUAGAUGAACAGUGUUCCUGGAAGUUCAAAAUGAAAUGGGGCCUGGCUUUCUUGUGCUUUGGCUGAAGAGUUCUGGACAAAGAUAGAUGUCUAUUUUCUUAUUUUUUGUUCUUUUUGAAAUCCAGAAGGUGCUCCAGAUCACUUGCAUUCCCAAUAGAAUAUCUGAAAACAAUAAAUUUCCAGCCCUUUCCUACAACAGUGUACACAUUUUAAAAACUACAAGCUACGCUGGUUUCAGAAUGCCUAGUAUUAAUGUAUAUGGUGGCUGCACAUUAACAUUGUCUGUUUUGCAUAACCAAUCCCACUCUCUCUCAUGACUUUAACUCUAGCCAUUGCCCAUAUCUGUAGUGGCUUUAGGGGGGAUGGGACAUUUGAAUAUCUAUGGGGGAAUGUCUGCAAGCUUUUAUGUUCAAGGCAAAACUGAGGGUGCCCCCCCUUCCCCAGCUACUACAACCAAGCCACUACAUGCUUCAUGCUUUUAUGUGUCAUGGCUUGUUCUCAAUGCAAAUCUUCCAUGCCUGACUGCUGUUUUGUUUUUAAUUUAAUUUAUUGUGUAUUCUGAGAGAGAUCUUUUUCUAAACGGCCCGUGGUCCAAUGAUGAUGCAUUUGGGAUUAUUGGUGUUUAGACAUGUCUGGAGAAAUUAUCUUGCUAUGGGAGCUAAGAUUGGUAAAAUUUCUUACUGGUACGGAAGUCAACAGGAUGGCCAGUAACUUCAAUUCUUGUUAGAGAGCUAUUCUGACAGUAAGCUUCCUUUUAGUUACAGUUGUGCUGCGAUUUUACCUAGCUUGUGUGUUAUCCUGCUUAAAACACUAGAAUGAAGAGAUGGAACACUGUUUAAAAAAAACCGAAAACAAAAAAACCCUUCAAGCUCUCAUUGUGUGGGCUUUUUUAGGCGACCCAGAGUGCUUUGCUGUAAUUUCAGUAACCCUUUUUCCGAUAUCAAAAUGGAUACCAUGUGGGUGUUUGUUCUCAAAGGGCCACUUGGCAGAACUUGGUGCUAGACAAUUACUGUACUAAUUUCUUGCUUGAAAAAUAUAAAUUAUUUCUGUUGUAUGGAGGCAAUGAAAUUGUUGUAUUUUAUCAGUUUAAAGUAGCAAACACAAGCUCAUUCAUAUCAGUUUUUAAAUUUUAAUCUAUGCUUAGCUGAAUAAAGCAACUCUGCUCAAAGAGGUAGAGUAGCAGAGCAGUGCCUUUGCAUCUGCAGUUCAAUUCUGAACAUGGUGGGUUUCUCAUUAAAUUGUUCGUAUAUCUAAUUAUUCUUUUUUGAAAAUCUUAUUCUUAAAGUAUUUAUUGAAAAAGAACAAAGAACCAAAGGAAAACCAGAUGAUUCUCAUAAGCUCUGAAAUACAAUAUUAUCUGUAGUUUUAAUAGUCCACAUCAAUCCACAUUUUUAACAUUGGUAUGAUAUUGUAAAGACAUUCCUUUUCCAAGUUUUAGUAUUCCUUUAAAGGAUCUCAGGGAGGGUAAAUUGGUCAGCCAUAAUUUAUUUUUUUGGAGAAAAAAAUAAUUUUUAAAGAGAUGUUUUGAACUUAGUCCCAGAUGUGUGUAAUUUGCACAGCUUUUUUAAAUAAAUGAACAAGGCCUGUGUGCAUUUGGCCCUUUCCCAGCAAAUACCUGAUCUAUGGGCAUAUGUAAUGGGAGUGCACUUGUAUAUACAAAUGGUGCAUCCCCUUCAGUGGCUUGCUGGAAUAAAGCCUUGGUGUGGGGAGAAGCAGUCUGCGUAUUGAGAAAAUUACUUAAUAUGGUGAAACACAACCAACUGAGCACUGCUGCUGCUCCAUUUAUUCUAGUAUGGCUUUUUGUGGGCUGCCAUUUAAAUGGCGCACAGCAGCAGGUGUUGGUGGGUUCUGCCCAGUGAAAUACGCCCCUUAGGUUAGGUGAUAAAAGCUUUAACAGUAAUGAACUGCUCAUUGGCUUACCAAUUCAGUGAAAUCCUCUUUGGGUUUUCUUUUUCUUUUCUUUUUCUCCCCCCCCCCCCCGCCUUUUUUUUUUUUUUAAUGUGUGCCUCUGUGACAUAUUAGCUUUUUAGAAUAAAGUAUGCAAAUCUAUCUUUGGCACAAGUGGAGUGACUGAAUCUGCAUUUGGCUGAAAUUGUCAGCUAAGCAUUCAAACUUUCUUGGGCCGCAUUUUUAGCUGUUGCAGUGUGACAAGACAGCAUCCCCCCCCCACUUUUUUUUUUUUAAAGCGUGAUGUUUAAAAAUGGAAUUCCCUUCACUUUCUGCAUCUCAGUUAUCCAUAAAGUAGUUGGAAAGCAUGUUUUAAAAUACUAGUGUAGAAGAAGGGCCAGAAAUGCUUGGUAGCCAGUGGCACAGAAAGCAGGUGAGGAAAAAGCACAGUGUUACAUUUGCAAGUUUCAAUUUCUACACUUUACACACACACACACACACACAUAUACACAAACACGUGCACACCCAUACACGCAACAGCUUGCUUGACUUGCUCAGUUUGAAAGAGUCAUGCAAAGGGAACAAUAAAAAGAAAAAUAGUUUUAAGAUGGGCAGUUUUAAUUAAAAGCAUUUUCUUGUUAAAAUUCAGUUUAUAUUUUAAAAUUGGGUAGUAGAUAUAUUCAUUGAGAGACACUUCCAUUUGCCUUAUCAGUACCAUUUUCAGUCUACUUUUUUAAACAACAGUUAACAUAAAUUAUUGAAGAAUUAUUACUUGCUGACUAUAAUAACCUUUGCUUGUAUGUAACCGAAAAAAAUGGUUUGAGAGCCAACAUUUAGAAUAUGACAAUGGAGCUGAACAGUUUUUAAUGCGCAAGCAGUUCUGUUCUUGUGUAUGACUUGUAACCUUAAUUUACUGUGUAAAGAUGGUUACAUUAUUUCUUUAGCUUUGUUUGUUUGGAGACAAAUAGAGAAUGCUUGUUUAAGUAUGUCGAGACAUAAUUUUAUCUUGUGGAUUUUUAUGUUAAUGUAUUAUACGAGCUAUAUUUUUCAUUUGCCCAGAAAGACAGCUUGUAUAACGCUUUUGGAAGUUUUCUGCUCUGUAAAGUCUUUAGAGCUGACAGUCCUGUUAGGUUUGUUUUUAAUCUUCAUGCUAAAAGUGUCAAUGGUGGUUUUGUGAACUGGUCAGAAAAAUUCACAGGUCUUAAAUGUUUUUGGGAAAUUUAUAUUGGACACUGCUCUUUGUCUAGCAAAUAAAAGAUGUUAAUAUAUUCCUGUUACCGGCAUGUGCACGACUGUUAUUAGAAGCCACUUUAUCAUUUUCCUGCUUUAAAUAGAAAUGUCUAUUUAUGAAUUCUGCUUGUAGUUUUUUCACAAAUAAAAUAGUAACAUUUAAUUAAA